AUAGUAAGUCUGAUAGUGCCAUUGAACAUCAAGUAAGAUGUAAAAGAGCCAAGCAGUACAGUAUUUUACUCUAAGUUGAACGUUUCAGGCCCACAAUCGAGGAUUAGUUUCCUACACGAAGCCCGCGUCGGAGACGAAGUGGAGUAUUGGAAAACGGCCUUAGUAAUCAGUUUAAAAAAAGCAGUGACAUACGUAGGAUGGCCGCUUUUGACAGCGAAGAAAAAGGAGAAAACUCGCAGAAUGAAUUUCCAACGAUCGCCCCUCCUUUUGGUGGUCUGCUUAUUGCUGUAGAACGCUGUCCGCUCUGUGAACGGACCAAGAAGCCGUUUACGUGUCAGAAGUGCGUAGAAAAGGGUGAUUUCGUCCAUUCCAACAGCUGUGGAAACGGCAAGAAUUCAGAAAGGUUUUCUGACAAAUUAAACCGACUGAAGCAGUUGAGAAAAGAGAGAUCAGACAUCUUUGAGAGAGUUUCCAAGAAGUUAGAAAGAGCAGUCUCAGCUGCAGCAAAGAAAUGGGAGAUUUCAAUGUUGAAGGACCGGUUAGAGUUGAUGGAGAAGGCUUUGGAGGAGAACAAAGAGAGAUGUCAAGCUGAUGAAGCUUCCCAGAUGUCACAAAAUAGCCGAAUUAAAGACAGAGUGAACACAGCCAGGACCCACAUGACCAAGCUGGAACGCAUCCAAAAGGUCCUAGAGAACGGCAAAGGAGCAUUAGUCAGUCGGCGAUCUGAACUUGAUGGCUACGAAAAGAAGUUGUCCGAGUUGAGGAGAACCAGUGUGAAUCAACUAACCACCUACAUUUUUUCCAUCAACGAGAUUCAUACUGGAGACAGUAAACCAACACACCUGGAGGAGGAGGACCAGCUGGUGGCUGAUUUAGCAGAUGCCAGGCGGACAGCCUACGUGCAGGGACGCUGGAUCGAGACAGAGAACAGCCACGAAGUCCAGUACAGCCUGGUACAUCCAAGCGCGGUCAGCAUACCUGCCAACGGAGACUACACUGCAUAUAGCACUUGGGUGGCAGCCAAGGAGAGUGCCAACCAAGGGACUGACACCCAACUGGACCUGGACAAUCCUGGCAAAGUUCUCGGUGGUGCCUUGUGUCACACAGCGCAGCUAGUGUCCGUCCUAACAUUCUACCUCGGCGUCGUGCUUCCCAAAAAGUGUCCCUUUGGCGUGUUUUGUGGUGAGCAGCUAAGCUCUCAUGAUUUCUACAAGGCCGUUGACAAACUCAAUACUAAUGUCCUAUAUCUCUGCUUCAGUCAGAAUGUAGAUGUUGAGUGCCUACAUCCCCACUACACUGUGCGCAAUCUGCUGGCUCUUCUGAGUCCCAGUAACAUUCACCUCGGCAGGAAUGGUCCUAUUGAUGUACAUGCAGACCUGCUGCUGUCUGUGCCUAGGACGUCCCACACCAGCCUGACGAGUGAGUCGGAGAGUGCCAGCGAACCGUUAUCGCACCUCGUGGACGAGGACAGUGACACGUCAGGCGACCUGGACUGGGAGAACGUGCUAGAUUCUCAGGUGCCCGCCCUCCCUGGCAACCCAAGUACAGCAAUCACCAGUCCCCUGCCCGAGUCUGUGGCCUCAUUUCAACAGGAAGGCUCAGAUGGUAGUGGGUCGGAGCUUCUGGGGACCGUGACGGAGGGUUCGCCCCCAGUAGGGGGCGGGGGCGGAGGGCUGAUGUCCUCAGCCGCUGCCUCCGUGGUGUCACUGUGGAGGGCAGCCACUAGUCACAGGUGACAAGGCCAGGAUUUGACCUGGGCCGCAGUGAUUUCAUGCAGUGUGAAAGGUUAAAAUGUUACCCAUAUGAGCUCCAUGCACAAGCACCCGCUGCACCCCCAGAGACCAACAGAAAGAUUGGGCCAACCACUAUGUACCCACUCAUAGAAACUAUUCAAAGUUAAAGUGGAGAGAGAUCCAACCAUGAACAGAUUGGCUGCCUCUGUUUAUUGUGCAGAACAGUGUGCAUCAACUGGAAAGUGAAAAGUUUGACCAGAUGCACCAACCCAAAGGCAAGUUGUUGCUAUGUAACAAAGCGCCCUCUUUUGUUCAUGUGCGGAGCCCUUAAAGGCUGCGCAAACGAAAUCACCAGAGGGGAACUCCAAGCUGAGUCUGAAAUCUUGAUAUUUAUACAGCUUAUUAUAAGAUCGGGAGAUUUGGCCAGUCAGAAAACUCUUCCAGACAUGUGCAUCUGGACCUGCAGAUAUUGACCAAUCAGGACACAUUCUCCCUAAUAGAGUCGGCUUACAGUUAUCAACCCAUCAACAGCAUUGGUGUCUUUUACCUGACCGGUGACUGCAGUUCACUAGUGUAUGGGGUCGUGUAAAAUUUGCAUGUUCACAUGUAUUAGGCAUUCCUUUAGGGGGGCCCUGGUAAAUUGAUGGCAACAAAGAUUUCUUGAACCUUUGACCAAUUGAAAACUCUGUUAAUGCUCUACCAUUGGACGACACCCAUCCACCUCUAUGUUGGCUGUCUGCCAAAUAGUUGAUGUCCUUGUUUGGUGUCUCAGCCCUAAGGCCAAGUACAAUAUGUACGUCAGAUGACAAUACUAGUAAUCUGUCGGUAUUCACAAUUGGUGGAGCCCAGGUACAGUGUUAUGGUGGUUGCAGGUUCAAGGUCAGCUCCUGUCAAUUUCUUUACAUAACCUUGUCACCAAUGAACGUGGUCACUUUCCGUAUGAGGUCAAUGUUAUGAAGGAAAACAAUGAAAUGAAAUAUAAGGGUGUGACGGCCGAUAUUGUAAAGCUGUUCGAUGUAUAUCGUGUGGAGAAUGCAGUUACAGUUGUCAUCAGUGCAUGCAUGAUCGGUUUUCAUGGGGUGUCCUUUUUUUUUUGGUAGUUUUGGCUUGACAGCCGGAGGGAAUGUUGUUUGUUGUGAAUGCAUGUGCUGGAGGCAUGCUUUGAAGCAUUGAGUCCUACAAGUAAGAUGUUCAUUUGUAUAGAGCCCUCUGGUGACACUUGUGUAUUGUCAGACAACAAUAUUUAUAAUUAGCCAUAUUUGAAAUAACAGUCUGAAGGAGUAAACGUGUGUUGGCUCCAUUUUGGGGGGGGGAGGCACAUAGUUAAAAAGACUGGAGAGGAGUCUAAAUACUUAGUGUAAUUCUGUAUGGAUUAUUUUUUCGUAGCCACUGAUCAUGUGAUCUUGUUCAUCCAAAUAAUGCCUAUACCACAGACAGAGGUUUCACUGUGCACAGCAAACUAGCACCCUAGCUUUACUGGGGCCAACACACUGCAUAUGCGUACUGAUUGCCACAUGUGCGUCUGGUGUGGAACGGGAGAUAUCAGCCUCACAACCAGAGCAAAAGUCUAUUCUUGAUGUUUCAUGGAUUUCUGUACGUCCCCUGAUGUCACCACAAGUCAUCCAGUCAUCAGUCUAGGUCAAAAGUCAUUUAAAUAAACCAUGACAAAGCGUUCCCUCUGGGAAUACCUUUUCCAAAGGUAUUCCCCCUGGAAUUUUUGGUUUUGGACAGGUUUUUUUUUUUCUUUUUUGGAGGAGGAUCAUUUAAAGCCUGUCAAAAGCCCUCAAAAUUGGCACUGCUUCCCAGAAAGGCAAUAAAAAGGUCACAAAGAAAUGUCCCAAGUCCCCCCCCACCCAAAAUAAUGGUUUUGGGUCCACCCUUGACCCUAUCCAGUGACCACAUGAUUCACGUGUGACAGAUUUUUAAUUGCAGUGACUGGAAGUAGUGUGGUUUCUUGUUACCUCUUAAUAAACCAUGUGGAUGCCCUAGCAUCUGACGCAGUCAAACAAUUGACAAAGGGAUGGAAUAAACUAAGCUUAACUUUGCACAUUGUUUGGUGAUGGCAAAAGUUGUUUUGCUGGAUUGUUUUUAGUGAGAGUGUUUAUUUUUCAUGUUUUUUGUAUAAAUGAACAAAAUUACAAACAUUUUGCAGGAUGUAAUAUACUGUGCAAUAAAAAAAAUUCCAACAGUUACAGAAUAAUAUACUUUUCAUAUUUGUGUUGUAAGUACAAGUACAUCACUAUGUGUGUAGAUAACUUAACUGUACAUGUUUAAAUUAUGUUUAUUCAAACAGUUCUUAAUUUGUAAAGUGGAAUAUAAUUUAAUUGAUCCAAGAAUGGUUGGGCAUGAGAACAGCUGGUAGAAUAAAUGGUGUAUGCAGUUUACAAAUCUUACUGAUGAAA